AUGAUGGACGAAAGCGUCCGCAAGAGCUGGCAACUGGCGCCGGACCAAGUGGAGAUCAAGAACCCAAUGUGGCAGAAUGGAAUCGCAACCUUUACUGAGAUAAUUGCGGAUCGUUUGGGCUACAAGGGCGUGCCGAUGCAGUGUCUUCUGUACAAGCUUCUGGUGUAUGGGGAAGGAGGUCACUUUGUCAAGCACCAGGAUACGGAGAAGGAGGACGGAAUGGUGGCGACGUUGGUGAAGUACCGUCACGAUUUCGGGAAGAGUGACGGCACGGCGGCGUACCUGCCGCACUAUGCGGUGCACUUCGCGGAUGCGGAACACUCUCUGGAGCAGGUGACCAGCGGGUAUCGACUUGUACUCGUGUACUCGGUUUGCUUGCCACCGACAAUGCGUCACCUGAUGAGGAGCCACGACCAGACACUGAGUGAGGAGCUGGCUGGAGUGGUGAAUGCUAUGGGCCAGGACGACGAGUCGUUCGCGCUUCUGCUGUCCCAUGAGUACACAGAGAAAAGUAUCGGUGAGCUCGGCUCGCGUGCACUGAAAGGUGUCGAUCGCGCAAGAUUCCAAGCUCUUGAAGAAGCCAACGCUGUGGUCUCCCCAGCGAAAAGACUGCAAUUUUUUAUUGCACAGCUGGAACUUGAUAGUAUUGCUCAUUCCAUACGAUCCAAGUUGGAGCUCAACUUCCUCAACCCGGGGCAGGAAACGUUUUCUGGACUAUGGGCAAACCGUGGUAACAGCACAUUUGAGGGAUACCUCGGUAAUUCUGGAGCAACGAGAAACACGACCUAUUCGCGGUACGCUGUCGUUGCGUGGCCUGCGGCUCAGGGUGUGGAGAAUGCUUUCAAGUACAUCAACGUUAACGCGGCUGUUGGGGCCCUCCAAGCGCAGAGGCCAGUUGACGCUGUGCUCCUUCGCCGGUUUAUGGAGGUGACUGUUUCCGUUGGCUUUUGCUGCUCGUUGUGCGAGCUGUUGGUGGAUGCUGGAGAUCCGGCUUUGGUGCACUUGUUCUUCAGCAAUUUCGUAAAUGGCCUGAACCAGUAUGACAAGAAGGAUGACCUUGUUGAUGGACUCAUUGCACUGGCUGGUCGGUUCGAUUGGAACGAUAUUGGCCAAGUCUUGCUGGGUUUCUUGGACAGAACUAUUACAGCUGAUCCCAUGCGCAUGAGUCACUACUACUCUCGCGUGGCCAGCAAUGCCGACGAUUCAGGACUGAGAAUGGCGCUACGAAUUGCUGAUGGUUUGAACGCUGGAGCUGCUCAACAAGCUCUAAUCCGAGCAGCAGCGGAGAAAGCCGCGCAGCUUCGCGGGGAUGAGUUGAGCAAGUCCAGCGUCGUUGGAUUGCUGUGGAAACGGGCCAUUGGAUGCGGUGACAUGGAUAUAUUCAGCAUCGUCGCAAAUAAGUUCUCGGACACCAAGCCGAGCCUGCUGCAACCAGUCAUUGAAGCGUUUUCGCAACAUAUCGCUGUCGUUGACGCGUCCGAUAACAAGUUCGCUGUUCUAGCCUCCAUCGCCGCCAAGAGAAUUGACUGGCUGAAUACCCAGCUCCAAUCCAUGGGUCAACCGUUCUCGUGGGAAAUGCCGGAUGCGCAUUUCCCUGACAACGCUCAUAUCCAGGCAUUUCUGCGAGGCCCCAACGUCUCUAUGGACACCAUCGGCGUGCGCCAUUUUAACGGAAUUGGUCAUGCGCGCAACUACGCUGCCAAGUGGAUGCGCGAGAAGCAGGUGAACGCAUCAUUCACGCUCGAGCCGGAGGGCCGAGGCCAGAACGCGUACGUGAUCAUCACCAAGACGCGCUCGUGGUUUUCUGAAAACCAAAGAAAGCUGGUCGAGUACAUGGCUGAGGUGAAGCAGUUGCAAGAUCGCUACGGUGGAGAUGUCACUGGUAACGCCAGAAAGCGCGCGCGCGUGGAUCAGCCGAAUACCAUACCUGAAGGCAUACCUUCACUAAUGUCAUACCUUCAGUAG